AUGGCAGUUAAGCACAACUGCGCUUUUGGUGUCCAUUUGGCAAAGCUUGUGGCUGUUGCAAGGAGGGAUUUUGCGGCUUCUGGCCUCGUUGGAGCCAGUGGUCUCGGUGGUGGUUGUUCGUGGCCUCUUCCUUUUGGCACCAAUGGAGCGUUUAGUGGCAUUUUUUUAGAAAAGUGUCCGACAACUCCGACUCUUUUCGAAAGGCAGCAACAGCCGGAUUUUCUGAAGAUGGCUCAAGCAGCUUUGCAAAAACCAGAACUGGAGGUUGUUGCGGAGAGAAUGGAGAACGAAGAAGCAAAAAUUUCUGGGUCAGUCAAGGCAGUUCCUGGUGGAUAUGGGCUUCCUUUCUUCGGAGCAAUGAGAGAUAGGCUCGAAUUGUAUUGGUUCCAAGGGGAUGUUGAAUUUUUCAAGAGGCGGAUUGAGAAAUACAAGAGCACAGUAUUCAGGACGAACUUUGCUCCGGGGCCUCCAGGUUAUCAGAAUCCCAGAGGUGUAGCUUUACUGGAUCACAAAAGUUUCCAGGUGAUGCUCGACAACAGCAAAGUGGACAAGAGCGACACCUUCUUCGGAACUGCAAUGCCGAGUGUUGCAUUCACGGGUGGCUAUCGCGCUCUGCCAUAUCUGGACACCACCGAAGAGAAGCAUACUUUGUACAAGCGCCUGCUCAUCGAGCUACUGCACAUGAAGUUCUCAAGUAUGGUGACCGAGUAUAGCAAGGCUUUCGCUGAAACAUCUGCCACAUGGGAGUUGGCCGUGGCGAAGUCUGGAAAAGCCGAGGUUGGAGACUCGAGUGGUAGCAUGGUGGUGAAUGUUCUUCUGAAGAGCAUCACUGGGCAUCAGGAUCCAGCUUCCAUCAUUGGAAGUGAUCCACACUCAACAUUCCAGACAUGGUCUUUCGUGCAGUUUGCAGGAACCGUUGUUGGCGUGCUUCCGCACUUUGUGGAAGAGCUGACUUACCACUCGUUCUCUCUGCCUUCGAUGUUGGUGAAGUCUAAGUACGCUGCUCUGUGCAAGUUCUUCAGGAAUUAUGCAACCGAAGCUUUAGAUCUGGCGGAGAGCAAGUAUGGCCUGGACAGAGAAGAGGCUGUGCACCAGCUGGUUUUCUGCUUUGGAGUGAACGCAAGAGUGGGGCUGAUGAAGAAAAUUCCAGUUAUGGUCUACUACAUCGCCAAAAUGGGUCCUGAAUUUCAAGCUAGACUUGCAAACGAGGUACGUUCGGCUAUCAGUGAACAGGGAGGCGGUGGUUUCAAUGUGAAAGCACUAUCAGGCAUGCCUCUGCUCAAAUCAACAGUUUUAGAGGCUUUCAGGUUGAUGCCAUCCACAUUUUUUGUCUAUGCUCGUGCCAGAGAAGAUAUAGUCGUCGAAAGCCACGAUGCUUUGUACAAAGUUGGGAAAGGCGAGCUUCUUGGUGCUCAUUGGUACUAUGUUUUGAGGGAUCCUAAGGUGUUUGAGGAUCCGCAGCGGUUCAAUCCUGAGAGGUUUAUGGGGAAACAAGGAGAGGCUUUGUUUCCGCAGCUGGUCUGGUCGAAUGGAAGGCAGGAUCAAACACCUGGUGAAAAUGAUAAGCAGUGUCCUGCUAAAGAUUACGCUGUGAUGCUCACCAGUCAGUUUGUAGCUGAAAUGUUUUUGAAGUAUGAUGCUUUCGAGAUCACUGACGAUUCUACGAUUGAUACAACAAGUCUCAAGGUGGCUUUCAAAUCGUUGAAGAAGCGUACACAAAUUUCUUCAUAA